UACACACAUAUAUAUCUGAAAUGUGAACUGCGAUAUGCUUCACUUCCCCGGUUAAACUAGUACACGUUGUUGCUCGGCUAUCCAAGCAGCGCCCGAGAGUGGGACCAGCGGUGUAAUUAUAUAAUAACAGUGGAUUGUUAACGGCCGCAGGUGACACUGGCCCCUAAUUGGAUAAAAUGCGACUGUGCAUCUUGCUCUUCCUUCUGGUGCAAUCGGUGUUUACUUUCCACCAACCGUUCCAGUUUCAUCCCGGCCAGUUGGACCCCAACAACGAAACAGCAGGAUGCUGCUACUGCCACUUCAAAGACACGUUUUACAUGGAGUCGAAGUGCGGCGCGACGACUCCUUUCAUGAAUCUGGUUCAAAAAGUGAUUACGGCUAGAUGUGACAUUUCGGAUCCGUGCGACAGGCUCGGAGAAGACGCUGUACCUCAGGGAGAAUGGUUCGACUUCAUUAUCGUCGGUGCCGGUAUAGCCGGGCCAGUGAUUGCCAGAAGGCUGAGUGACAAUCCCUGGUGGAGAGUAUUGCUGAUCGAAGCAGGCCCGGAGGAACCAACGAUGACUGCCAUUCCGGGUCUGGCGUUCCACGCCGUCAAUUCGUCCGUGGAUUGGAAAAUAAAGACGGAGCCCACGGAGCCUCAUCCGACGGCUUGUUUAGAUACCAUGGGCGUGUGCACGUGGCCCCGGGGCAAGAUGGUGUCCGGCACGGGCGGCAUGCACGGCAUGAUGUACGUGCGAGGGCACCCGGAGGUCUACAACAGCUGGGCGAGAAGCGGAGCACUGGGCUGGUCGUACGACGAGGUGGUCCACUACUUCGAGCGAGCGGAGAACCCCAUAGACCAGUCGAUGUUGUCCGACAAGCGACGAACGGUCCCAAUCCCGGGGCCGAUGAAGAUCGAGCACUUCCGGGACAAGCCAGCGUUCGCGGACGAGAUCCUGAAGGCAGCCGACGAGCUGGGCUACCGGACAGCGAUGCUGAAGGAGUACGCUCAGACGGGCUUCAUGGUAGCGCCGAUGACGACCGACAAAGGCCUGCGCGGCACCACCUCGAGGAACUACAUAAGACCGGUCCACGGUCGGAGGAACCUGAGAGUCCUGAUCAACGCCCACGUCACGAGGAUCCUGCUGAAUCAGUGGCAGAGCAAAGCGUACGGCGUGGAGCUGAUAGACAAGGACGGCUUCAAGCGGACCGUCAAGGCGAACAAAGAGGUGAUCCUGACAGCCGGAGCGAUCGGCUCCCCUCAGAUCCUCCUGAACUCCGGGAUAGGCCCCAAAGAGGAUCUGACGAAGCUGGGUCUGAACGUAGUGAAGGAUCUCCCCGUGGGGAAGAAUCUGCACAACCACGUGUCCGUCGGCGUUCACUACAGCAUCAGGGACACCGCCUACGAGGCCAUGACGAUGGACAGCGUCAACGAGUACCUGGAGACGCGCAGCGGCCCGCUGACCAGCACCGGCAUCACGCAGGUCACCGCCUUCCUCGAGAGCAGCUACGCGGCCAACGGAGUGCCCGACAUUCAAGUCUUCUUCGACGGGUUCUCGCCGAAGUGUCCGAGGACUGGGCUGCCUUUUGAGUGCCUGAACGGCGCGCUGGCGUUGUGCUCCGACAGGAGGGAGAUCGUGAUGAGGCCGACGGUGGUCACCGUCGCCAGCCGCGGCUAUCUGAAGCUACGCUCCGGGGAUCCCCUCGUGCAGCCUCUGAUCUACCCGAAUUAUUUCACCGAUAUGAAGGACAUGAAGGUCCUCGUCGAGGGGAUCAAGAAGUCGAACGACCUCGUCAACACGCAGGCCAUGAAGAACUGGGACCUCAGGAUGGAGCCUGUGAUUCAUCCUCUUUGCACGAACUACCACUUCGCCAGUGACGCGUACUGGGAAUGCUACAUAAGAGCCGCGACAGGACCCGAGAACCACCAAGCGGGCACCUGCAAAAUGGGCGCGUACAGUGAUCCGACGGCGGUGGUGGACCCAGAACUUCGAGUGCGCGGUGUGACGAACAUUCGGGUCGCCGAUGCUUCGAUAUUCCCGAUCGUGCCGAACAGUAACCCUAUCGCUGCGAUCAUGAUGACGGCCGAGAAGGCGGCCGACAUGAUCAGGCACACGUGGUCGAAGUCGUGAGCCUCGACGAUUCGCUUCUUAGGACGAUUAAAUAAAGACUAUCCUUUUGUCAGGAAUACUGGCGACGCUCUUGUUUAUUACUAUCAUUCAUCCGCCGCUAAUAAUAAUGGAGAGUUUGUAACGCUGCAGUGAUCUACGUCAGAGUUCGCGUUACGCGGAUCGUAUUACUUGGUUAACUUAUGUAUACUUUUAGGAGACGAUUUAACCGCUUGCGCUGGAAAGACGUUUCUGCUGCAAAAUUCUCAAUUAUGUCUUUCACACUUGACAAUCUUGUUGCAUGAUAUUAGAUUGUUUCGAAAUGUGUCACUCUAUACAGAAUGAUUAACAAAAUUGGUCUACAUAUCAGCGUAAAAUAGGUAAAAACGAAAUUCAUCGAGACAUUGCCAAACCUCUGAAUUCAUUUCCAGCGCAAGUGGUUAAUGUUCACAGUGUAUUGUACCCGACGAAUGUCAGAGGAUUUGUAACUUGUACGGAGAAACUGUGUUUCAUCUCGGAAUAGUACACAAUAAGGCGAAUACCACGCUGUAAUUCGAAUAAGCAUGUAAAAUACUGAAAUGCAACUUCGAUUGAAGCUUUCUAAAAUGUCGACAGGAUGGUAUCUAUUGUUCUCUGGAAUACUUUGUUACCAGGAAAUAUAAACACCUCGGAUCUUCCACGUAAAAGUAGGCAGAUCAUUCUCAACUGUGUUUCUAACGAAUAGCGCGUGUGAUAGAGUAACGAUUUAUGUUUAAUAUCAGCUACGAUACCCCGAUAAAUAUCUAUAAGACAUCACGAGUACAUAGACGAAUUUGAUAUUGAAACAAGCAAAUAAAAAGGGAACACGUUUUUUAUUUAUUUGUUUGUAUUUAUUCGAACUCUGUGGCUACGGUAGCACGUGACCUGGAACGAUAAGGGACCCACGUAACGCUGUAUAGCUAAUUCGUUGCUAAUUUGCCUCUACGAGGGUACUGACAAGCCAAUUCCCACUUGCCAAUGAUCAUUUCUGCCGGUU